AUGCUUCUCAAGCCCGCACUUCUCAUCGCCCUGGUAUCCUGCGCCCACGGCUGGAAGUUCAAGAUCUUCAAAGAAUACGAUAUAACCACUCACGAAUGUGAAGUCCCUGUCAGCGGAGGGGCCCAAAGGGCGCACAAGGCGGUAGGAAGCGCAGACCAUCCGAGAGUCAUACCAGCCGAGAUCUUGAAUGUGCUGGAAGCCGAGAAAAUUCUCUUCCCGUCCAUAACCAACUCCUUGCGACAUUCGCUCGGGUGCGUCGAGUUCUCGGAUAUGAAGUCCUUCCAGAUCACAUUUUACGGGCUGGCUGGCUCUGGAACCGCCGACCGGUACGACGCCCGCCACGAGGAUAUCGGUAUCCCAUGGAAGGACUGGACAUCUUACUAUGUCGAGGAUAAGCACAUGUCCGAGUCGGACAUAGCAGAGGGUUGA